AUGAACCAAACUCAGUGCAUGAUUUUUGAAAUUUUAGACGAAGAAGAAGAAGAAGCCGAUUUGGAGAGCCACGAUCUUCACGGCAUUACGCUCACAGAUUUCGAUACCCCUCACACAAUGAAAGCAACGAUAGGUAGCGCUGCUGAUGGAUUGCUUCUUCUAUACCCAAACGCAGAUGAUCCCGAAACUUCUGUUUACAUAUGCAAUCCGGUCACUCGUGAAUAUAUCAGCCUCUGCCGUCCUAAGGAAUACAAUUGCUGGUCGUGUUUCCAAUUUUGCGCGAGCAAAGUAAGUGAGCAAUAUAAGGUGGUCUAUCUCGGUCGAACCCUUGAAUCCGACUCUUUUCAAGUAUAUACCCUCGGAACAGGAUUAUGGAGGCCCAUUGAAACUGGCGCUGCUUCUGGUUUCAAAUUCAAUUCCAAUGAACGUGCUGUAUGUAAUGGCAACCUCCACUGGAUAGUAGAUGAUUUUGAUCAACUCUCUAUUCGAAUUUGUGGUUUUGAUGCUGAAACGGAAUGUUUUAGCAUCUUCUCUGCACCUCAAGGCUUUCCUAUGGAUGGAGAUGUGGAAUCGAAUGUCAAGUUGACUAAUUUUAGGGACUGUCUUUGUGUUUGUUACACAUAA